UCGGCCGAAGAGUCAUCAGCUGAUCACCAGGAUGACUUUCAGCAGGCAAACGUAACACAGAAAGCUGCAGACGACGCCGUGUAUUUUUUUGUUUUUUGUUUUGUUUUGUAUUAUAUAUAUAUAUAUAUAUAUAUUAACAAAGCCAUUAGUUCUCCGGUGAAAAACAACAAUGGCAGUCCCGGUGGCUGCCACGUUACUACACUUGAGUUCUCCAUCAAGCCCGGUGGCUCUCCUGGAGCCCAGCAUUCACAUCCGAGGACUAGACCCAGAUUUGGGAAGCUUCUUGAACGAGAGAGAAAAUGACACUCUACCGUUACAUUCAGCUUGGACCUUCUGGCUUGAUAGAUCUCUACCAGGAGCUACAGCAGCUGAAUGUGAGUCCAACCUGAAGAAAAUCUACACCGUCGAAACAGUUCAGAACUUUUGGAGAGUUUAUAACAACAUACCCAAUGUCUCCAUCUUGCCACUGAGGUCCAGCUAUCACCUGAUGAAAGGUGAAAGAAAACCACUGUGGGAGGAAGAGAGUAAUGCCAAAGGUGGUGUUUGGAGGUUGAAAGUACCAAAAGAGUGCACAUCUGCUGUGUGGAAGGAAUUGCUACUAGCCACCAUUGGGGAACAGUUCAGUGAUUAUUGUGCUACCGAGGAUGAAGUGGUUGGUGUCAGCGUCAGUGUAAGAGACAGAGAGGAUGUUGUUCAGGUGUGGAACAGAAACGCGUCCUGCGCUGAGGAGUCUAAAAUUUUAGAGAGGAUCCACGAGCUCCUUCCACAGACGCCAUUUAAAGCAGUGUUUUACAAACCUCAUAAGGAGCAUCAUGCUUUUGAAGGAGGUCGAUCACGAUAUUAGCACAUUUUGCACUUCAAGCACAUCUUGGCUCAUCUGUGGGCACAUUUUGAAGAAGCUGAGUUGAAGCUUAUAUUUUUAACCUCAUCAACUCAAAAUGUAGCCAUUAUAUUAUGGCAUGGACAUCCCCCAUCCUUUUGGAACUAAGGUCAUUCUUAUACUGUAUCUGAAAUAGUUAUGCUUGUUAUUUGUAUUACUGCUAAUUAGUAAUUUUAUAAUGCCCAUUUUUGCAAAGAUCUAACCAAAAUAUAGAAGGUUAUAUGCAGUGGUGUUCAGUUUCUGGAACACAAACAAAACUAGGUGUUUGACCGAGUACACCUUUGAAAUCACACAUCUUUUCACUCUUUUGUGAGUUACGGCCCAAAUCAAGUUCCCAAAACCAAGGUUUCCCAACCUUUAUGGCGUCGAUGCACCCAUUUUACAUAACAAAAAUCUCAUUGCACACCACCAAACAAAAUGAAUGAAUGAAUGAAUGAUGAUUUUGUCUCAAUUUACUCAGAAAUGAACUUACGCUUUGUGAAAUCUGGUGCUGUUUAUUUGAAUACAAAGCUAAUAUACAUGCAGGAAGCCAUUACUUAUUUUGUUGCAUGGAUGGCACCAGGUAGAUAUACAGAUUUAUUGUAUCCAUCAAAUGAAAGGGCAUUUAUUUGUUCUGCCUUGCAGUAUAUAAUGAUGGCAUUGCUCGAUAAACAAAUAAUUAUUUGUAGUAGAGAAAAAUUAUUCAUCCAUCCAUCCAUCCAUUUUCUGUACAGCUUAUCCUCACUAGGGUGGCGGGCGUGCUGGAGCCUAUCCCAGCUAUCUUGGGGCGAGAGGCGGGAUACACCCUGAACUGGUUGCCAGCCAAUCUCAGGGCACAUAUAAACAAACAACCAUUCGGAGUCACAUUCAUACCUGCGGGCAAUUUAGAGUCUUCAAUCAAUCUACCACCCAUGUUUUGGGGAUAUGGGAGGAAACGGAGUACCCGGAGAAAACCCACACAGGCACUGGGAGAACAUGCAAACUCCACGCAGGCGGGGUCAGGAUUUGAACCCCGCUCCUCAGAACUGUGAGGCAGAUGUGUUAACCGGUCGUCCACUCUACCACCUGAAUAAUAAUUUUAGGACAAAUUAAGUGAAAUUUGACCAUUUGCUCAUUAACUUUGAAUUUUAUGGCUGUAACAUGUUCCAAAAAAGCUGGGACAGGUGGCAAAAAAGACUGAGAAAGUUGAGGAAUGCUCAUCAAACACCUGUUUGGAACAUCCCGCAGGUGAACAGGCUAAUUGGGAACAGGUGGGCGCCAUGAUUGGGUAUAAAAGGAGCUUUCCUGAAUUUCUCAGUCAUUCACAAGCAAAGAUAGGGCAAGGUUCACCUCUUUGUGAGAAAAUAGUCGAACGGUUUAAGGACAAUGUUCCUCAAUGUACAAUUGCAAGGAAUUUAGGGAUUUCAUCAUCUACGGUCCAUAAUAUCAUCAAAAGGUUCAGAGAAUCUGGAGAAAUCACUGCAUGUAAGCGGCAAGGCUGAAAACCAACAUUGAAUGCCCGUGACCUUUGAUCCCUCAGGCGCCACUGCAUCAAAAACUGACAUCAAUGUGGAAAGGAUAUCAUCACAUGGGCUCAGGAACUCUUAAGAAAACAAAUGUCAGUAAAUACAGUUCGGCGCUACAUCCGUAAGUGCAACUUGAAACUCUACUACUGCAGUCGCCCACUACCACCUGAAUAAUAGUUUUAGGACAAAUUAAGUGAAAUUUCACUUUAUUUGUCCUAGAAUUAUUAUGAUCAUUUACUAUGGCAGCCCCAAUGAGCUCAUGGUUCACUUAGGUUUGACAGCACCCUGGUUGGGAAUCAAUAGUACUCGAUAUACGUUCUACUUUACACUACUAAUUUAGCAGGAAAUCACACCUCUCUUCAAAAAGGUUAAAAGGUGGAUUUUAAAAAAAUGACAGUCACUUCAAUGAAGACAAAUAGUUGGUGAGAAUUAUAUUCAAAUUAUGCAAGAGUCAUGUCUACUGAAAAAAAUAUUUCAUAUAAAAAUACAUUUUGAAAUAAAACAAAAAAAGUAAAUUAUUCUGGUUGUAAAGAUGAUUAGUCUCUUUCCUACACAAAUACUUUGCUUUGUUAGCAUGUUCCUUCAGGUAUAAUAAACAAUAGACACAAAACUCUGACCAAAGUGCACUUCUGUUUUCAUUUUCAGUUUUUUUAAUUAUUAUUAUUUAUUUUUCACAUUUAGAUUAAUAGCAUUUGAUCCACCUGAAAUAUAUUGGGCUUUUUUAUGAUGACUGAACAUAUUAGUUGUUUAAUUUCAGAAUGUUUGAAUAUUAGUCAUCAGACUAAGAACACCAUCAAUUCAUUUCUGGACUGGUCGUAAAUCAAUCAGGGAAAACAUCGACAUGCACACGUGGAACAGCAUUCUUUCAUGUUUGCAAUGACUAUUUGGACUAAUUUCUGCAUAGAGGUGAAGUCAAAUGUUUCCGAAAGCAAACUACCACCAUCUCAAUCAAAUCUGUAGUUUAGCAUUAUCAUUGUUGAUGGGGUUUCCACUCAAUGCAAGCAGAUUUCUUUAAGGAUCAAACCACUGACAGGCUUUGCUAGGCUUGGUCAGAUUUAUAUUUCUCUUAUGUUUACGUAAUUUCAUCAGAAGCACAUCAUACAUGUUAAUGGCAACUGCUUGCGCGGCCUUUCACUUUGACAUCUCUGAACUUUGUAACUGUUGAUCUUGGACGGUGCCUGGCAAACACGAGUGUUAGAAUCUGCUAUAGAAUCUUCUAUGCUCUGCAUGUCUGUUUGUUUUAUUUUGUUUGAAAAUAAACCUGAAAACUUGUGAAUGCA